AUGCAUACAUUUCCUGAGAAGGUUGAUAUCAUUAAGGAAUGGCAACACGAGAUGAGCUACAUGAUGCAACAGCGUGGCGUAUGCGCUGUUUGUGCUCAUAAUGUUUGCAUUAAACAGCUGAAAAGUCCAUCUGGGCAUUGGGUGCCUGAGGAAAGCUCUCAGUGGUAUAAUCAAGGAAAUGUUGCUAUCAGACCCCAGGACUCUGUUGAGCUGCGGAAUAUGCUUCCACCUAGUGAGGAUGAAUUGCACGAUGCAACAUGCAUGAUCUCUGCUGGUCAUCAGGAGAAACCUUUGCGCGCAACUGUCAAACAGAUGCGUCUGGUUUUAGUGACCAAAUCUGUAGUUAAGACACUGAUUGAAUUUCUAGUCGAAUACAAUCCUUGGUAUCAGCAAUGUGGUGUUUUGUAUAGCCAAGAGAAUAUGGAUGCUCUUUUUGAAGAUAUUGAUGGCAAUGUGGACACAGGCAUUCCCAAAGCUUUGCAAAUAUGUCAUUUAUCAAAAGAUGACUCCAUUGAUCAAUUCCUUCCUUUGGAAUCACAUGAUCUGAGUAUUUCAGACAGCAUAGAUCCUGGCAAUAUUACCAUGGAAGCAAUAGGUUUUACCAAGGGUGACCAUUCAGCAACAAGUCGAGAGAAAAUGAAACUUCAUGCGUUGGCGCAUAAAAAAGAGGUCAGCACAAACACCAAUUUUAGAAUCAGGGCAUCUUUGCAGCACACUCUGGCUGAGGAAUUAAGAGAUGUGGGACCUUCCCUUAUGAGUUUGGCAGAGAAGUGGAUGUGUUCUGUCAAUGCAAAGCCGUCUAUGACUCAGGAAAAGAAAGCUGCAAAACUUUUACAUCGUUUACAUGCAUCAGCAAGUACUCCGGCAUUGUUUGUCACUGUCAACCCACAUGAUCUUACAAGCGGCAUGAUUCCCAUCCUUUUGGAAAUGGGGCUUGAGGAAUGGUAUUUGAUGACAUCAAUUGAGAGGGCGAAGAUAGUUGCAGGUCGUCCCAAUGCUGUGGCAAUUGCUUUCGAUCUCCAAAUUCAAGUGUUUAUUGACAUCAUAUUGCAAUAUAAACAUGGCCCAGGCAUUUUCAGACAUUGCCAAACAUAUUAUGGCAUGGUAGAGGCUCAGGGAAGAGACACUUUUCAUUUUCUUAUUUGGAUCAAAGGUAAUCCGAGUCCCCAGGCCUUGUGUGAUCGUAUGGCAGCUGAAGAAGGAUUCUCAGUGAAAAUGUUUGAUUGGUUGGAGAGCAUCAUAAGUUGUGAGCUACCACAUGACACUGGACCGAUACCAGAGGUAUCUCCGGACCAGGCUCGCAAGCCUGAAUGGGAUAAUGGAGAGAUGGAUCCCUGA